CUCACAUUCCUUAUUCACAGAGAGAGAGAAGGAAGAAAAGGGCAAAGGAAAUAAAAGGAUCAUGGCAUUAGACAGCGUGAUUCACCGUCCUGUAACUGUACACCACGCACCCCUGAGCACCGAAUCAGCAGGGAUUAUACACAGAGGCAACACGUUGUGCUUCAGGACGAAAUGAAGCGCACUUUGCUUGUAUUUUACUGUGCGCCUGGCGAGUCGGAUCUUUUGCAGUAGACGACGACGCUAGUGAUUUUUGGAUUUCUUCUUUAUAAUUUGUUAUACCGGUACCAUGUAAUGCAGUAGCUAUAUUAUUACUAUACUGUUACACAGACGGACUGGGGGGUAACGAUGUCUCAGCAUGAAAAAGAAAACGAAACAAAACAUCCUCAUAAUAAUAUUAUUGGUAUGAGGGGGCCGUCUCUAAUUGCUAGCAGUAAUUGCUGAAUGACCUGCUGUGCGUUUCUCUUCAGGGUACAAGCGGGGAGCGUGUCCAGGGGCUAUGGAGAGGUGAUCGCUGUUUAGUGGUGAUGUGUACCUUACAGCUGGCAGUUCUUCUGCAUCUUGCUUUAUAAAAUGCGGAUAUUUUAAGCUGAGUUGUCAAAAACAGAUGACUGCUUUCUUUUUUAAAAAAAGAGCAAGCUUUCAUCCACAUCGUUUUAUCUGUAAAUUUCGCGUUUGGGAAUCUUAAAUGCCCUGUAAUGAAAAUCGCACAGUCUGUUAUUCUCGCACUCGUUUUUUAGGGAGAAACAGCCUAGAUUCUGAAGGCUGACCGGAUUGUUUCUGGGGGGUGUGCGGGAUAUGGAUGCUACCUGCAUGACCCCUCGCCUGCUUUCGCGUUCUGGUGCCGAGUUCGCCCUGAACAGACCGAGGAUGGUUCGGAAGGAGUGCCUAGCAUCACCCCCGAUGCCUGCAUCCUCGCCUCCCAGGGGAGAGACGGCCUCGGAGACCGAGAAAGUGUCCGUGAAAAAGCACCACCACAACCACAACCUGAAACACCGCUACGAUCUGCUGGAGACGCUGGGCAAGGGCACGUACGGCAAAGUGAAGAAAGCGAUCGAGAGGUUCUCGGGGAGAGUGGUGGCGAUCAAGCUGAUCCGGAAGGACAAAAUCAAGGACGAGCAGGACAUGGUGCACAUCAGGAGGGAGAUUGAGAUCAUGUCCUCACUGCGGCAUCCGCACAUCAUCAGCAUCUACGAAGUGUUCGAGAACAAAGACAAGAUUGUGAUCGUGAUGGAGUACGCCAGUAAGGGAGAGCUCUAUGAUUACAUCAGCGAGCGCAGGAGCCUGAGUGAGAGGGAGACACGCCACUUCUUCAGGCAGAUUGUCUCCGCUGUCCACUACUGCCACAAGAAUGGAGUGGUUCACAGGGAUCUGAAACUGGAAAAUGUACUUCUGGAUGAAAACUGUAACAUUAAAAUUGCUGAUUUCGGCCUCUCCAAUCUCUACCACAAGGACCGGCUCCUGCAGACGUUCUGCGGCAGCCCCCUCUACGCCUCCCCGGAGAUCGUCAAUGGCCGGCCCUACCGCGGGCCCGAGGUGGACAGCUGGGCCCUGGGCGUGCUUCUGUACACACUGGUCUACGGCACCAUGCCUUUCGACGGCGGCGACCACAAGAACCUCAUCCGGCAGAUCAGCAGCGGGGAGUACCGCGAGCCCACACAGUCAUCAGAUGCACGUGGUCUGAUCCGAUGGAUGCUGAUGGUGAACCCGGAUAGGAGGGCCACGGUGGAGGAUAUCGCCAGUCACUGGUGGGUGAACUGGGGCUGCAGUCGCAGCGUGUGUGACUGCGAUUCCCUGCGGGAGGCCGGCUCCCCUCUGCUGGCGCGCUUCAUCGACUGGCAGCACCGCUCCUCCGGCCUGCAGCCCGAGCUUGAGAGCAAGCCCGGCAAACCACUCGCGGUCUCCCGCCAGCGCUCUGUGCGCAAGUCUAAGAAGGAGAAUGACAUGGCUCGCUCUCUGGAUGAUGAGGACAAGCCAGGCCUGAAGAGACCCAAGGGCAUCCUGAAAACCAGGAGCCCCGGAGAGCAGGGCUCCCACAGCACCGGAGCCACAGAGGCUGCCGUUUCUGGUCAGGAACUCGACUCCAGCUCAACUCUGGAGGAGAGCAAAGCCAGCGGGGCCUCGCCGCCAAAGAUGGCGGCCGGGAAAUCGACCACCAUGCCCAAAAAGGGCAUCCUCAAAAAGACCCAGCAGCAGCGGGAGUCGGGGUAUUACUCCUCCCCCGAAGGCAGCGAGUCCUCCGAGCAGCUAGGGGGUGGCAGGGAGUCUCCCCGAACUAACUCUGCCGCCAAAAGAGCUCUGGGGAGGAAAGGGAUUUUGAAGCGCAACGGGAAAUACUCCACCAGUGGCACACUGCCAGCCAUGGCUGGAGCGGGAGAGUCCUCUGCUGAAAGCCCUCGCUCUCCCGGGCUGUCCCGGAGCCUGAGCCGCCCCUCCAGCGUGGUGAGCGAUGACAGCAUCCUGUCCAAUGAGUCCUUCGACCUGCUGGACUGGCCUGCCGGAGUGGACUCUGGAGCAGGGGGGGGGAGGGCCAGGAUCAGGAGCUGCGUCUCAGCAGAUAACCUGCUCCAGGUGGGGGAUUUUGGGCGACUCCAGGCUGCACCACAGCAGCACAGGGGGAAGUUCUACCGGGGUGGCCGGCAGCAGGAGGGGGAAAGCAGCAGCUUCUCCUUGCUGGUGGACAUGGACGACAUGACACAGGUCUACCAGCAAGCUCUGGAGAUCACCGGCAAUCUGACCUAGCCAUGCGGCCAGGCACCUGGGUGGGGUGGGGGGGGUUAAAACGACGACCGGUAGAUUGCUGGGAUUUUCUUUGUUUCAUAGCGCAUCAAGCCAGUGUUUCAUUUGCAACUCAGUUUGAAAUCUGUUCUGAAGGUUGCAGGUUGAAACUACAACUGUGGCCAAAAGUUUUGCAUCAUCCUAGAAUUUUAAGAUUGAGACCUAAUUAAAAUAGAAAACUAUAUGAACGUAAUUUCUGUUCAUAAUACAGUUUCAUAAGGUGAUGCAAAACUUUUGGCCAUAGCUGUACACAAGCAACACAGUUAUUAUUAAACCGCUAAAGAUGAAAAGGGUGCUUUUUUGGUUUUCUAUUUAAACAGGAAAAAUAAAUGGUUGACUCCACAGAAACACUUGUAUUGCAACCAAGGGUACUAGUGAAUUAGAACAGUAGGGAAUAGUUUCUAUUAUGCUAUUCCGCUGUCAUUCCUUCCUGUCCCAUUUAGAAGUUGCUAGGGAAGGACAAUGAAGCAGUGAGUGAUUGAAGAGAGGCUUUUACUUUCUGUAAAGAGAGCAGGAUAAAGGGAUAUGAAGAAAGGGGAGCUUAGGAAGUCAGCCAAAAAGUUUGGAUCAGGUGGAGGCUGAAGUCUUUCGACCAGGGAGGUGGAUAAGAAGUGUCUGAGACCUGCCCCUCCCUGCCCCCCCACCCCCUGCCUUAUCAUGUUGAAAUCUGGUUCAGGUCAAGGAUCACAUGACUUCACUUGUUCAGAACCCCAGCCAGCAUUACUGUGCUGCUGGUCUAGACAGUCCUUUCCUUGAUGAAUAUCAUUUAAAACCGUGUAAUCUAAGUGCUGUAACACUGCAACCUUGACUUCCACAUGUGUGGCUGUCUGCUCUCUCAAUAUGUGUCAUCUUGCAGAGCAAGAGGGUGGAGACUCGGUGGGCUAGACUGGACAGCAUAGAUGAGUCCUUUACAUCAGGGCGUAAUCGAUAAAAAGAUAGGAAAGCUGGGGAUUGAGUUAGAGUUAGCUGCUUAGUAGAAGGGUUGUGGAUAUGUUGAAAGAAAGCUGCUGUCUUAUCUGGGAGAGGGCAUGAGGACUCUUCUUAUUCACCACUAUUGAUCUUUUAUCCCUCUUCCCUCGCUGCUUAUAUACCCCUUGCAUGUGUACAACCUCUUACACUAUUACACAGCUCCUCCCAUUCAGCAAAUCGCCUUUCCCACUCACUCAUAACCCAACCCAUGCAUAUACUGACAUAACCCCUCCCCUUUGCAUAACCCCUCCCACAUGCGCGGGUCAUACUCUUGCCACACCUCUUCCGUUCCCCCGAAUGCCCCUCCCGCUGCAGGCGAGGUUGUUGGAGGAGAGUUGUGAAGCAGACAGGAUUGAGUAAUGUAGUAAAGUACGGAGCAGAGCAGUGAUAUUGUAGAAGGAUUGAGCAGGUAUGCAGUGGGUUUGUUGUUGUGUUAGUGAAGAAGCAGAGCUACCAAAGAAAAGCUACAAAGUACUGUAGAUGGAGGACCAUAUUACCAAAGUCAGGCAGUUCCUAUAUACUCUGGCACCUUCCCAGACCAUAGAUACAUUCUGACCCUUUCUAAGGGAUAGUGUCAAAUCUGAUUAAAAAAAAACCCAAAACAUUACAUUAUUUUAAAUUGUUCUGAAAAAUACACCAAAGAUGACAAUGCAAUAAGGUACUGCAGCAUAGCAGUGUUAUGUUGUUCAAGGACAGCAGAACAGAAAGAAGGAAUGAAUGAAUGCAUGAAUCAUUGCUAGGUAAAGUGCACCUGUCGCCUCUCAUGCUGUGGCUCUAACCCUGGACCCCGGGGUGUUGCCUGACUGCUCCACGGGUCUCAGAAGCAGCAGGCAAUGGAAUGAGCCUGCAAUCCACCCCUGUGUGUAUUAUCAGGCUUGGGGAAUUGGUUCUGCUUGAUAUAAUGAAAGUCUGCAGUGAUAUUUAGACUGCGUAAUCCAGCCUUUGUCGCUGCCAGAGCAGUGGCGGGAUGGAAGUAAUGUAUGUGCACAAUAUUUAUACCAAGUAACCCGUAUUAUCCUAGAUAGCCUUGUGUAGAUUGAAGCAUGUGGGCUUGUGCUGGGAGCAUUACGUGGGGAGCAGAUUGAAUCCUGUCAAUACCAGGUGUUGUUUUUGAAUUUAGUAAGAGAUCCUCGAGAAUCAUGCCAAUUUUAUAUUCUGUUGGCCAUUGCACAGCAAGUUAAGGGGCACGGGUAUAACAAUAAUACAUUGUGGUGCUGUUGCAUGGUAGGUGAAACACAGGCUUCUUUAAAUAAGCCAGGAGUUCAAGUUUACUGAAUGGGACCCGAAUGGGCAGCAUCACUGGUUCCAGUUUCAAUACAGGUGUGCACUGUGGAACCAGCACCUUGUGUACCACAGUGCAGACAACUGGGUAACACUAUAGGAUAGAGGCAGCCAUUCACUGGUGAGGACACAUGAAGUAAAAGGGCAUUAGCUACUGAAUUCUAAUGAAGUAAUCAUCAGUUCAAGAGCAAGUCCACACACACCCUUAUAAACCAUAGUAAAGAAUAGACAAGCAUUGUAAGUUAUAGUGAGGUGUGGUAAAGCAUAAUAAAAACAUGUCAAAUCAUGAUAAAUGCAGAAUAUAACUAUAGGAAAAGCAUAGUGAAACUGCAAAAGUACAGCGGUAAACCUUUAGAAGCGUAUGCAUCUGAUUAGUCUUGUUCCUACCUAUAUUCUCACUGCAACUCUUAAUCGUGUAUGACAACUAACAUCCACUACACACCUUUCCUACGAACAAGCAAACAAACAAACAAACAAACAAACAAACAGCUACUAACUGUGCUUUCUGCCAAACUGGAAAUAACUAGAAAAAGUAAAAAAGAAAAAAGAAAAGGAAAAGUUUAC